GUUCAUUUCGAUUCCAUUUAAACCAAAAAUAUACUAAAAAUAGAAUUCCAGCAGAGAGAGAGAGAAAAAGUCUGAAGCAAAAAAAAUGUCGGCGUUGAAGAAUUUAUUGCUGUUACUCAUCGGAACGACAUCCUUCGUGUUUACGUUUGUUUCUGUCGGAAAAUUAUCUUGGUUUUUGUCGGCAGCUGCAGUUACCAAAGAAGAAAGUCGAAGAGCUUCGCCCGAUGCUUGGAAUGAAGUUUUUUCCAACAAAUUGGUCUUGAAUGCAUUGUUCAUCGAUGGAGCGCUUGCUGUUUUGUUUGUUUUGGUGCACAGCUUCUUCCGAAUUGACUCGGUGAAAGGAUUUUGGACACGAAUUGGAUUGAAACCGGCUGAAAGAGCAAUUUAUUGUCUUCUUUCGGCAUUGGCGUUGUUGCUCCUGCUCAAACAUUGGCAAAUAACUCCGUAUUCCUUGUGGGAAUUCGACAUCGUCAGCACCCGUACACGCUACUGCCUGUAUUUCGUCGUGCAUUCGCUCGCAUGGACCGUCACUUACACCGGCAGUUUACUAAUGGACUUACCUGAAUUACUCGGCAUUAAGCAGAUUGUUUAUCAUUUACAAGGAUUACCGCACUCGUGCGACUACUACAAAUCGGAGCAACUGAACACGCUGUACGCGCAUUGCCGACACCCAUCCUUCAUUUGCUUAACCGUCAUUUUAUGGGGUGCCAAUUGUAUGACUUUAGACAGAUUUAUUCUCGCAUCGCUAUGGACACUUUACAUGUAUCUCGCAUGGAAUCCCGAUCGGCGAGAUUAUGACUACCAAAAGGUUCAAUUGACACGUAAAAAAUUGGAAUUGCGACAAAAUGUGCAGGAACAACGUUGGUAGGAUUUUUCUUUUUGUGUUUAUGGAGAUUUGAAUAAAACUGCAUUUAUUUAUUGAA